AUGGGUAACAUAUUGCGCGCUACCUUCUUCGCGGCUGUUCUCUCACCUUUCACUGCAUGGGUUUGCCUGGAGGCCACAAAGCACCGGAACGCAAGCGGCCCGUACAUGAGCUGGCCCACGAGGUGGUACAUACUACUGGCUAUCGGCACCGUGAUCCUCCAGAUCAGCCUCAUCGAGCGUCUCCGGUAUCACCUGCGUGCCCGUGCCAAAGGCUGCCUCAGUGCCCCGUGCUAUCCGCACAAGGAUCCGUUCCUCGGCCUCGACCUCCUUAUUCCCGUCAUCCGCGCCUUCAAGGAGAACACGGUCAUCUACAACUUCCAGAGGAGGUUUGAGAAAUAUGGCCACACCCAUUGGAGUAUCGCAUUCACUGACUGGACCAUCAACACCGAGGACCCUGAGAACAUCAAGGCUAUCCUCACCAACAUUGACGACUUUCCCAUCGCCGGACCGAGACUGCACACGGUGCUCCCGCUGUUGGGAUCCGAGAGCAUCUUCGCGAGCAAUGGACAAGCGUGGCACAAUGCCAGGUCCAUGUUGCGGCCGACCUUUGUGCGAGACCAGAUUGCUGAUCUGGAGUGCUUCGACCGCCAUAUCAGCAACCUAUUGCGAGCCAUCCCGAGGGACGGAAGUACCUUUGACAUGCAAAAGCUUCUCUUGGAUAUGACUAUGGAUUCUUCGACGGACUUCAUGUUGGGCUACUCUACCAACUUGUUGAUAAAGCCGCUGCCCGAGGCGAGGAAGUUUAUCCAGGCUUUCGAGUACGUGUCUGCGACCAUGGGACGUCGGGGAUCGACGGGGACGGCCUUCCUCCCGAGUCGGGAGCUUGACGACCAGAUCAAGAUCAUUCAGAGCUUCGUGGAAUCUUACAUGGUAAAGGCCCUCGCGGACGGGAGAAAACAUGCUAGGGAGCGAAAGUAUGUGUUUCUAGAUGCCAUGGCCGACUCGGGCGCAUCCAUGGAGUACAUCCGUGAUCAAGUGCUCUCCAUCAUCAUUGCUGGCCGCGACACGACAGCUGGAGCCAUCAGCAGCACCAUCUACUUUCUCGCUCGACACCCGGAGGUCGUCGCCAAGGUUAGGGAAGAGGUCCUCGAGCUAAAUGAAAAGAAUCCAUCAUGGGAGCAGUUGAAGAACAUGAGCUAUCUUUCCAACACCAUCAAAGAAGGUAGCGUCAAUAUUGCCCCCUUAAACUCUCCCCCCUCACAUGUCUGA